AGAACCCCAGCUCCAGCAUUAGAAAGAAAGCAUUUGACUCUCGAGAAGGAGGGGUAGCAGCCCCGAAACGUCGACUGACGGAGUAGCUUAUGUUUCUACCCCGUCCGCCUCUAGAUGAUCCUGAGCUGAAUACUUCCGUUUUUUUUAUCUAUUGGUGAAGCUUGAUCCAUGUGUUUGCCUGCCUCGCUGGCCCCCUCAGCCAGUGUUGAAGACAAGCUUGCUGACUGACUUGUCCUCCUGUUCAAAGGCGCUGUGACUGCCUGGCCUCCUUGUUUUUGUUGAUCGGGGGCUGGGUGGAGUCACUGGGCUGACGUACUGGAAGGGCUCCUGUUUAUAAAGGGGCGGCGGAUGGGGCCGUUUCUCCUUUCCCAGGCAUAUCUUGGGAAAAUUGUGAGUGGGGCUCUUUUUGUUGCUGCUGGCAAUGCUGAGGUUGGGGCUAUGUGUGUAGGCGGGGUGGGAGAAAGCUGACCCCCCCCCCCCCCCCCCACCCCAAUUACCCCUUGGCAAACUCCCCUGUUUGCUCUGUCGUUGGGAGGAAUUGGGAAAGAGUGUGCGAGCAAAGACUGGCCAUGGCGGUAUUCGCUGGCGAGGAGCGGGUGGUCUACUCCAGAUCGCAGAUGGUGUUCGCGGGAACAAAGGCACUGGAGGAUGCGCUCAAGAUCUUCAUGCCCAAGUGCAGCGACUUUCACAACUCGGAGAUUGAGCUGUGGGACUUCCUGUGCAGCAUGAGGGAGGAAGGCUUCACCCCGGUCAUCCUCCGCAGCAAGGACGUGUACGGGUAUUCUUCGUGCCGCUCCACGGUGCCCGAAGCGAAGCCCAUGGCUGAAGUCAAGCCCAGCGCCGAGAGGGCGCCCAGGAGUCGGCGAGGGAGACAAAGGAAUGCGGGGGAGCCCGUCACUAAGAAACGCAAAAGCUGCCUGACAAAGACCUCACCUUCCCAGGUCGUCAGCCGGGUUUUGCGAGGCAGCUUGUCCAGCAAAACCACUGCCUCUCGCCCAUUCGCCUUCCCAACCAUAAAAGUUGAAGAUUCAUCUUCAGAUGAAAGUGUUUCCAAGGCACGUCAGAGGGCUCAAAAAAUUCUUAAAGUAAACUUGUCUCCCGUGAUCAGGUUGAGACCUGUGAGAGUGCCGUGAUGAGGUUUCGAUUGAUGGGACACUUUUUUAAAACAAUGACCAUAAAUAAAUAAUUGAAGAAUAUGGAAACGGGAUGGAAAUUGGUUUUUCGAACCUUUAUUGACUUAUCAUGUUUAUGAAUUCAACAACUGUAAGCUUCAGGGAAACGUUUUAAAUUAUUUUUAACUGCCUUUGCAUUUUCUCUCGCACCCUAUGUUUAUUAUUUACUUGUUAACUUUUUUCACCUUUUCUGUGUUCCAGCUCACUACCUCCUUUCUCUGUGAUUGGUGUUGUGUACGUGCAAACCAAUUUGGCAAGCUCGUAGAAUAAAUAGUGAUUCAAGGAUAUAUUGAGUUUACAGAGCUUUGAAUGCAAUUAAAGUUGAAAUAUCGCAAAAGAGCAGGACUGGUGAGAAGUUGCAGCAUUUUAGCAAUGAGGAUCCGAUUGCGACAUUCAGCUACACCGUUUUCUUUGUCUCUGUUUCCUGUUGCUAUUUCAAAUGUUCAUCUAUAAAUUACAAAUUGCUGGAGCUUGCAGCUCAUAGAUCACUAGAUUUACAAAUUGUGCUCACAUGAGUUGAGAAUAUUUUGUGGUAUCCCACCAUUCUCACAUUUUUGCUCAUGAUGCAAACUCGAGGCUUCAAGAAAGACAAAGCUGAUGAGGUCUGGUUCCAGGAUGAGACUGCACUAUCCAGUUUAACUUCAACAGUUCAACUGCUAAUCAGAUGACUUGUUUUGGACUGCAAGAGCAAACAAAAGCCAAUGCAGAACAUUGAUCCUCUAGUAGACAUGAAAGUUGUCAGUAGAGUAGUGACUGUGGAUCUCAAGCCGUCACAAUGCAGCCCUUUGCAGCAAGCAAUUUCAUGAAUUGAGCGAUGACGUUGGAGUCUUGGGGUUCAAUAGUCAGAUUGGAUUUUUUUUGGGUUGCAAGACUGUGCAGCAAAAGGAAUUUGGCUAGUUUCAAUUCAGCUUGUAAAACCUGAGUUCCCAAUGGAGAUGUUUAUUAGCAUAGAUCAGUUGAAGGUGGAGAUGCAUUUUCCCCGGUGUUAUCAAACAGAAAACAGUAGCACAAGCGACCCUUAUGGGUAUGCCCACUGAGAACCCUUCAGUGGCUGAUUUGGGUUAGAGUUGACAUGGAUGAUUUGUGGGAAAAAAAAUGACAUUUGUUUGGGAGGGGGAUGACGUACUGCUUUGAGUUGAGGUCAAAUGCAAGAAAUUUUGCCAAGACUAUUUAGAAGAGGUUCAAGGAGAGUGAGCAAGAAUUCCAAUUUUAAAACUCAUUGUACUGCAAUCAAAUUCGAAAAGAGUGGGACAAAUGUACGUUGUAGUCACUAUGACAGCUUGUGCCAUCUAAUUACAAAUUGUGAUUUAGCAAGGACCUGCUAUCUAUUCCAAAUUAAGCAUUAACAUGGAAAAAUGUGUAUAUACAUGCAUUUUUGAAGUACUUUUUGUGCACUUCAAAAAUAUUGUUUGUUUUCUUGAUGAUUCAUGUGCUAAAUUUUCAAGGUAGAAUGUAGGUUUCUAUUGUGGGAGUUAGAAUUCUGAGAAAGCAAGGCUGUGUUGCGAUUCAAAAUAAAUCUAUCCAAGUAAGCAAACCAAAGUGUCUUGCCCUGGAUUGGAGAAACAUUUGGUUGGUUCUGAUUUGAAAUUGAUCUGUACUGGUUGAUUCAUUUAUCAUUUUGUGAGCAUGUGUUUCAAUGAUCAAAUCAGCCUUUAGCUCAAUAUAACUAUGGCAGAAAUGAGAUGAGCAUUUAGAGGUUGUAUAUUUUUGACUACACCUUUUGCAGCAAAUAUUUAUGGAUUGUUUUCAUAUGAAUAAGUGCAUAGGUUGAGUGCAAAUACAGGCAUUAAAAUUAUUUGGUGAGCACCUAAGAGAUAGUGAAGAUGGGAAUACAUGAAUAGAUUUUCCAUUGCAUCACAUUACUUGCACUUUCCAAAAAAUGAGUUUUGUGGUGGAGUUUACAUUUUUAAUAAACAACUGAAAUUCAGCUUUCCAUGGUUGCCUUUCUAAACAGUAAAGACACAUUGAAACCUCAAUUUUUAAACUUCUAUUUUAGUCAAAUAAUCUCUUCAAAGUUGUAGAAAAUGACCAAUGCAGGUGGGGGUUUUAUUCCAUUAUUGCAAGAUCCUACCAAACAAAACAAUUUGCGAACACAACUUAGAUCUAUAAUGUACUGUUAGAGUUGUAAUAGAAGCUACCCUCAUUGAAUAAUUCUGAACAAUAUCUGCAAUUGAAGCUUUGUUUCACUAUUUUAUUAAGGGAGCUCACCUUUGACAGUUUUGUAUAAAUUUUGCUUUGUGUUUAUAGACUUUGGAAUAUGUUGUAAGUGAAGUACUGAAAUGGGUAGUUUUAAGAAGUAUUCCAAAAAAUAGUAUGUAGGAUAGUAAGUUAGAUGGUUUGAAUGGGAUUUCUAUUCACGAAAAGUGUUCUUUGAAAGCACACUUUGCCCUCACCCCUCUCUACCACCCAAUUCCAACUUUCUCCUGUCCCACCCUAACAAAACAAAAUAAAAUCAGGGAUAUAUCGCUGACAUUAUUCAAUGAUACAUUGGUCAAAUUCAGAGGAAGAUAUAAGAAAAGAUUGUCAAUUUGAAAUAAAUUUAAUUUUUAGUUAUAACCUGUUCACUUAGGUGUAUUUGAAUUACACCUGUAACAUUUGUGUGAAGUCAUGCAGUUACAGAGUGAAUAUAGUGUGAAUCUGGUGCUGAGACAAGAUCUGACCUGGUACUGGGUGAAGUAAAAGUCCUGCAAAGAGAUUCUUUCAUUUGAGAAACAAUUUAUAUCUCAUCUGAUUCCCAUAACAAAAAUAGUACUAAGUAGUUUUGGUAAUCUAUUGACCACAAAACGUUUGAAUUAUGAACAAUCAGUUUUUUUGAUACGAUGGUAAUUGAUACUUUGGUGGUGUUGACCAUACUCAUUCUGUUUCCAGGACUUUCCUCCAAUUGAUAUUCUCCUGUGACUUAAUUCUAUGUUAAUACCUCAAUAGCUUAAAGAUUUUUUUGUAAAUUCUUGUAUCAUUUUUUGUAAAUGGUGUAAUUUUUAAUGUUGAAUAAAAAGGACACUUACCUGAACUGAAAA